AUGCUGUCUUCCCGCGCAGCGAAGAAUUUAGAAGAGCUGGAGCGCCCUUGGCGCUUCACUCCUACGCAAACCUACGAUGCCGACACCAACCCCCAAGGUCUCAUAUCAUUUGGCACGGCGGAGAAUGUCGUCUUCACCAGGGAUUCCGUGAGCUACCGAUCGAGCGCAACCACCAAUACACGGCUGCCUCAGCUUGUCGCCAGACAUCUCGAUUGGAUCCUGCGCCCGCGGGAGCCUAUUGACCCAGAGCAUAUCGUAGUUGCCGAUUCUCCCACUUCCUUGGGCAAUAUACUGGGAUAUAACCUGGCAGAACCCGGGGAAGCUAUCUUGGUCAGCCGACCCAUUUACGGUCGCUUCGAACUAGACUAUGGAGUCGAAGCGGGUCUUCAAAUCUUUUACGCAGAUACCUCGAUGGAUGAAGCUUUCAGCCCGGAUGUCGUGGGAAAGUAUGAAGAGGCCCUGGUGGCAGCCAGCAGCAAAGGGGUGACCAUUCGAGCGGUUCUCAUCGUGAAUCCGCACAAUCCAGUUGGGCGUUGCUAUCCUGCUGGGACCUUACAGGCGAUUGCUGGGUUCUGUAACAAACACAAGCUGCAUCUGAUUAGCGACGAGGUCUAUGCGUCUUCUGUCUUUGAUACAGGAGACACGGCGGUUGUAAAAUUUACCUCGAUCCUCUCAUUGGGCCUGACAGAGUUUAUCGAUCCAAAUCUUGUGCAUGUUUUAUAUGGGUUCAGUAAGGAUUUUGCCUCCGGUGGCCUGCACCUGGGCUUUCUGGCGACCUCAAACGAGCAACUUCGAAAGGCAUGCAGAAUGGUGCUACGACUUCAUAGCCCUUCCCAAGCAGCGGUUACAAUCGGGACUGCUAUUUUAGAGGACUUUAGUUUUGUCAGGAAUUUUACUUACAAGGCGAGACAAUCCCUGGCAGUAGGAUACAACAUAACAACUUCAGCCUUAGAGCACAGAGGCAUAAAUUAUGCCAAACAUGGCAAUGCUGGCUUCUUCAUCUACGUGGACUUGUCCCCUUCCUACCUCGCGAAGGCUCGUCUAUUCAAGCGCGAGAAUUUGCUCUAG